CUGACGUCUAACGGGGCUGUUUGUUCUGGAUUUGGGGUGAGCAAGGUCUGCGUGCGCUGACAACCGACAGAAAAAGCUCUUUCUCUCAGACCCCCUCUACCCCCCUCGUCACCCAGCCAACCGAAGACUGGUCCCUCUGUCCUGCCUCCCCUCCUGGCCAACUGGUCCCUCUGUCCUGCCCCCCCUCCUGGCCAGGUCACUACUCCACCCCUCCACUCUGAGAGAUAUGACACUCCCUCUGGACUAGACCAAGCCUGCGCCACAACAGACAAACAUAGAGUGUGAUGGCUUGAGAGCGGCUCCCCAGUCGAGCCUGCCUCCCGUCCCGGGUCCAAACUGUCUGACUGGGACUCCCCCUCUCCCUCCCCCUCUCUCCCCCCUCCCCGCCUGCUACGCCCUGCCUCCAUCGCCAUGGGAGACGGCCUGGAGGCGAGCAGCAGCCUAGACCCCGCCCCCCGCCCCCUCUCCUUUAACCCCCCGCCCCCCGAGACAUGGAACCCCUCGAGGCCCAAACGACAGACCAACCAGCUACAGUACCUGUUGAAGGUGCUGUUGAAGACGCUGUGGAAACAUCACUUCUCAUGGCCCUUCCAGGCUCCCGUAGACGCCAUCAAACUCAGCCUGCCUGAUUACUAUCAGAUCAUCAAGGUUCCUAUGGACAUGGGCACCAUCAAGAAGAGGCUGGAGAACAGCUACUAUUGGAACGCCCAGGAAUGUAUACAGGACUUCAACACCAUGUUCACCAACUGUUACAUAUACAACAAGCCUGGUGAUGACAUAGUGUUGAUGGCGGAGGCUCUAGAGAAGAUGUUUCUUCAGAAGAUCUCUGAGAUGCCCCAGGAGGAAACUGAGAUCCCCAUGGUUACCAAGGGGCGGAGGGGUGGGCAGAGAGAAGCAGGUACGGGGAGGGAGAUUCAUCUGCCUCCUCCACCCCCGCACACCCGAGGUUUCUCCUCCCCGUCGCCGGGCUCUCAGACUCGGGGUCUCCCCGUAUCCCAGGGGCCCCCCACCCUCCCACUUGCCCUCCCCCUUCAGACCCAGCCCCCUCGCGUGCCCCCCACCCCUCCCUCCCACGCCCCCCAGCUGGGACCGCCCUUCCCCAUCAGCCCUCUGGAUGUCCUGGCCCAGGGCCUCACCUCCGUACCCCCCCACCCUAACCCCCACCCCCCAGCCCACCCAGGCCUUCACCCUGCUGCCCUGCCCAUCCUACAGAGCACCACACCCCCCGCUAAGAGGAAGAGCCAGAAGAGGAAGGCGGACACCACCACGCCCACCGCCAACGACCAGCUCAGCGAGUUGUCUCCCGUGGCGAUGGAGCCCCGCCCCCGCCGCGAGAGCAGCAGCCGGCCGCUGAAGCAGCCCAAACGGGACCCCGCCCAGCCCGACUCCCAGCACCACCUGGGGCUAGGCGGGGGGGUAACCGGGGCGGUAACGAGUCACGGCGGGAGCCCCAAGCGCCAGGAGCAGCUGCGGUACUGUGGAGGUCUGAUUAGAGACAUGUUGUCUAAGAAACACGUGGAGUACGCGUGGCCCUUCUACAAGCCUGUCGACGCGCACGCCCUCGGUCUCCACGACUACCACGACAUCAUCAAACACCCUAUGGACCUCGGAACCAUCAAGAAUAAGCUGGACAGCAGGCAGUACAGAGAUGCUCAGGAGUUUGCUGCUGAAGUCCGGUUGAUGUUCUCCAACUGUUACAAAUACAACCCUCCAGACCAUGACGUGGUCAAUAUGGCACGCAAACUACAGGACGUGUUUGAGAUGCGCUUUGCCAAAAUGCCAGACGAGCUUGAGGAGACGGCCCCCCUCAACACCCCCUCCCCCGCCAUCAACCCCCUCCCCACCCUCCACACCCUCCCUGUUCCCGCUCUCCACCCCCUCCCCACCCCCUCGGCCAGACAGCCCCCUGCCCCCCGACCCCCCUCCUCCUCCGAUGACAGCUCCUCCUCGUCGGAGUCAGAAUCCUCAGAGGGAGGCAUGGAACACGAGAGAACACAGAGACUGGCUGAACUACAGGAACAGCUCAAAGCUGUUCACGAACAGCUGGCCGCUCUGUCCACGCCCCAGGCCACCAAGCCCAAGAGAAAAGAGAGGGAGAGGGAAAAGGAGAAGGACAAGCACAAGAAGAAGAUUGGAGGGGAGGAGCCACCGGAGGUCCCGCCCCCUGUCAUCCUCCAGCCAACCAGAAAGAGCAAAAACAGCAAGGAGCCGGUGACCACGCCUAAGAAGAUCAAGAAACCUAGUAAAAACGGAGUGAGGAACAGUCGUCCGGGCGCCCCACAUCAGACCGGCUCCACCCCCCUUGCCCCCUCUGCCUCGCUGGAGGCAGAAGAUGACACGAGUGUGUUUGUGGGCAGGGCAGCUGACCGGUGUAAGCCAAUGUCCUACGAGGAGAAACGCCAGCUCAGUCUGGACAUCAAUAAACUGCCCGGCGACAAGCUUGGCCGCGUUGUCCACAUCAUCCAAUCACGUGAACCCUCGCUCAAGAACACUAACCCAGACGAGAUAGAGAUCGACUUCGAGACGCUGAAACCCUCAACGCUCCGAGAGCUGGAGAAAUAUGUCUGGACCAGCCUUAGAAAGAAGAGGAAAUCACAGCCAGCAGUAGAGAAGGCUCUGGAGGUGACCAGUGUGAUGAAGAUGAAGAUGGGAUCUUCAUCAGGCAGCAGUGACUCGUCAGACAGCGACGACACAGGGCUGGCCCCCCAGCAGCAGAAGUCCUCCUCCAUUGAUAUAGACUGUAAGAGACUCCACCACCCCAACCUGUCCAGCAGGGGGGGGGUCAGCAUCACCCCUCUGGACCCCUCCUUCCCCCCCCACCCCCAGACCCCCCUAGUUCAGUCUAAACCACCCCAGCAGCAGCAGCAGCAUCAACACCCCUUCGCCCCCCCUCCUCCUCCCUCCAUCCCCCCUGUCCCCGUGACCUCUCUUGACUCCUCUUUGACCUUUGACCCCCUAGCUCACUUCCUGGCCCCCCAUCUGACCCAGCAGGGGGGGGAGCCCCCCCAUAAUGCACUGGGGCCCCCCGCCGCUGGACCCCCCCACCUCAACGCUACCAACACACACACACCCCCGGCCACACACACCUCGGAGAGCACACACCCCUUCCUCAACCAGCAGGCUGUCAUACCCUCCCCAGCACUCCACAACGAUCUCCCCCAGCAGCCGUCCCGCUCCAGCAACCGAGUGGCCCCCAAACCCCCCCAGCCUCCCCCCUCCUCCCUUCCCCCCUCCGCUCCUCCUCCUCCUCCUUCCCAGCCCUCCCUACCCCUCUCCCUUCCCCAACCCUCCCUCCCUCGCCCUCGUGUCCCUUCUCCCCCCACCCCCCACGGAAUCCUAGGGGUCUCGGCCCAACCCCCUCAAGCCCUAUUUGAGGACGACGAGGAGGCCACGCCCACUAACUCUGAAACCCUGCCCCCUCCCCUCCCGCUCAGCCAGGGGCACGUGUACCUGCAGUCGCUGCAGCGGUCCCGGCCCCCGGCACACACACACUCUCCUGGACAGGUGCCGUCUCAGCUCAUGCAGGCCAUGCAGACUCAGUCACAGGCGGCGGCCGCUCUAACCCAGCAACAGCAGAGACUCGCGGCACACCCUCACACACACCCUCACACACACCCUCACACACACCCUCACACACAUCCUCACACACACAUGCAGCAGGCGGGGCAGGGGAUGUCGUUCCCCCAGCAACAGAGCACCAUGCACUCGGCACAGAAGGGGCUCAAGCAGAAACUACAACAACAACAACAACAACAACAACAACCACCACCACGGAUCAAAACUGAGCCUUUUAAUACAGGUCCUCUGAGGGAGAGCCCCUCCCCUCUGAUGAUACAUUCUCCCCAGAUGCCUCAGUUCCCACCAAUGAGACAGUCCCCUUCCCAGCCCAAGAAACCUAACCAGAGGGUUAAAGAGGAGAAGCCGCUCCCCUCCCCGGUGCUGCCCCCCCCCUCCCCCUUCAACCCCGCCCUGCGACACCACACAGACAACAAGCACACGCACAGAUCAGAUGUGAAGCUAUUGGACGGUUCUCGUCCUGGGCUCCGCCUCCCGGACUCACCGGCCCCUCCCCAUCAGAACAGCAAACUGAAGCAGGAGGCCAAGACGCCCAUCGCCCCCAAGAAGACACAGGAUGUGAAGUUAAAGAACAUGCGUUCUUGGGCCAGCUUGGGCCAGCGAUCUCAGUCCACCCCCGCCUCCGCUGUUCGCUCGUCUAGCGACAGCUUCGAACUGUUCCGCCGCGCCGCCCGAGAGAAGGAGAGAGAGAAACAGCUAAAAGCACAGGCCGAGCAGGAGAAACUACGUAGCCGUGACGACGAGGACUCUGUGGAGCAGCAGGGGAGGGGACGUGUCCAGGAGGACUCUCGCCGUCGCCAGGAGCAACAGUCGCCUCAAGCCCCCACUCCCCCCGCCUCGACCCCACCGGCCGACUCCCCACAGGCCCCUCCCACUCAACAGGCCACACCCCUGCCCUCGGCCGCAGCACAGAACGCCCUGGACCAACAGAGGGAGCUGGCAAGACGCCGCGAGCAGGAGAGGAGGAGGAGAGAGGCGAUGGCGGACACCAUUGACAUCAACUUCCAGAGCGACCUGAUGGCCAUCUUUGAAGAGAAUCUGUUCUGAGAAAGAAUGCGAUAGGAGGAGAGGGAGAGAAAGAGAUAGGAACUCUACCUCCCACCAUGUGUCUGGGAUUCCUGCCCUCCCUCUCUCUGAUUGGAGAAACCAGACCAGGAUGUGAGCUCCAGAGACUUGAAGGAGACUGAGGUGAGGUGCAGUAAUAAGGUGGAACCCCCCCCCCUAGCGGUGGGGACCGGGGAGUACAACUUCCACUUUUUGCAAUUUCAGAUGCGUUUUUUGUGUCGAACUGCCCAUUUAUCGUUGAUGACUGGUAGUUGCCGUGGGCAAUGAUGAAACCGGAUACCCUAUCGAUAAACAGAUUUUUGAACUCCUCUUCUAUUCUGAAACGGAACCGAGGGAGGAGGGGAGUACCGAGAACUAUUACCUGAAAAUAAAGAACAAGAAAAAAUAGGGUUUAAUUUAAGAAACAAGAAGAAGAAGAAUACCUUCUGUUCUUCUGACGUGAGAGAGCGAGAGGGGCGGGCGAACGAGAGGACGGACAGACUUCUUCCUCUUUGAUUUAUAUUUCUCUUAAUCUAGUCUUUGUUUCUCCCUGUUUUUUGAUGUUGGGGAGGGAGAAGUGGGCUGUCUGUGUGUGUUUAGUUAGAGGUCAGAGGUUAUCAUGGCAGCAUCCCAAAGGGUACCCUAUUCGCUUUAAAUAGUGCACUACUUUUGACCCGGGCCCAUGGGGAUCUGAUCAAAGAGUAGUGCACUAAAUAGGGAGUAGGGUGCCAUUUGGGACGUUUCCAUGAUAACCACGUUUCCCUUGAGAUGGGUUCGGUUUCUCUCAGGACAGCAGGACGGACACCUCAGCCACACCCCAACACUCUAAAGACUCACCCUUCCUUCCUUCCUUCUCACGCUCCUUGUUCUUUGUGAGAUAAAAAUCACUGACUUGACACAAUUUGAAAAGUGUGACAGCUUGAAUAUUCAGUCGCGUCUGAUUCAUUGAUUAUUUCAAGGAGAGGGAGGGGAGGGGAGGAGAGGGAGGGAGGGGAAG